AUGACCAAGAUUAAGGAGGUCGCCGCAAUAGGUGGUGUAGUGGACAUGAGUGAGCUUAUUAAGUCAUUCACAUAUGACAUGGCAUGUCGGAUCGUGUUGGGAAAGUCCUUCCGGACAGAAGGACGGAGCAAGCUCCUUCGGGACCUCACUGACGAUACCUCACGAAUACUAGGAGGAUUCAACUUGGAGGAGUACUUCCCAACAUUGGCUAGGGCUGGAGUGCUUAAGAGGGUGGUUUGCGCAAAGGCCGAGAAAGUGAAGUGCAGAUGGGCCUAUUUGCUGGAUAAGUUGAUCGAUGAACGUGGGAGCAUGGACAAGUCAAUGUUUGAUAAAAAGGACGGUGAUUUCAUAGAUAUUCUGUUGUCUGCUCAGUAUGAGUAUGGUCUCACAAGAGAGCGAGUGAAAGCUCUCCUGACAGUAAGUACAAAUGACACUGUAGCUAAUACUCUCGAUUUCACCUUGGCCGAGUUGAUGAGGAGGCCACGCCUAUUGGAGAAGCUACAAAAUGAGGUGAGGAGUAUCGUACCCCGGCGACAAGAAACUAUAACCGAAACCGACAUGAACAAGAUGACGUACUUAAGAGCUGUCUUCAACGAGUCACUUCGGAUGUAUCCUGUUGCGCCUCUCCUUGCUCCACACCUUGCUAUGGCUAAUUGCAACAUCGAUGGGUACAUGAUUCCUGCUGGGACACAUGUGCUUGUCAAUGUAUGGGCCAUUGGUAGGGAUUCCAGCUCUUGGGAGGAUGCAGAAGAGUUCAUACCUGAAAGAUUUAUAUAUGAAGAUAGCGAUGUGGAUGUAAAUUUCAAGGGGAAUAAUUUCCAGUUCUUGCCAUUUGGGUCAGGACAAAGGAUGUGA